CGCGAGGGCGCCAGCCCCGCACGCGGGCAGGAACGGCAGGCGGCCGCGGGCGGGGCUCGCGCUUUGGCGUCACGCAGGCCGCUCGCUCUCCCUCGUGUGUGUCCUGCCGGUUCCCCUCUGCCUGAAGGCCACCAGGUGCGGGCCUUGACUGGCCCUCGGCCCCGGGAUCCGGGUACAGGGGUCCUGGCAGCUACCAGCACCCAGAACCAUCGCUUCAGGGAGAUCUGACACCCAUCACAAUGGAGACAGCCGGGGACCCAUUCCCCAGCGACUGGAGCCCACCACCCAUCGAGUUCCUAAACCCCAGGCCUCUGCAGGACACCCAGGGCCAAAGGUGGGGUGACCAGGUAAUCUCAGCGGAGGGGUCAGAGCCGCAGCCCGCAGAUGGGGACCCAAAAGCAGACCUGGCUAGCCAGAGCCAGGGGGCAGCCGCCCUGGAGCCCGGCACCAACAGCUUGGGCAGCCCCUGGGGCUCUGAGAAAUACAUCAACUCCUUAGCUUCCUUACUGCAGGAGAAGAGGCAGCAGCCCCCAGAGCAGGACCUGGGGAGUUUGUUACUACAGAAGUCGCGUGAUGUCUACUGCUUGGAAGACAGUGAGGACGAUGAUGUACAGCUCACGCCCCAGCACAGGCAGCUGGUGGAAAAGUUCGCCGUGGCCCUGCAGGACAUCCCGCAGGUGCACCCGGGUGAGGCCGUGUUCCUGCCCCAGCGCCACCCGCCACCCUGCUUCUUGGACGCCUCCGGGCUGAGGCCACACAGCGCCCUGGAAGAGCUGUUCCUCAACGCCCCACCAUCUCAGCAGCUGUCCUUCCUGCGCUGCAGCUUCCUGAGCAACCUCUACCUGCACUCUACCCACGCUUGCCCAGUGCCAGUGCUGCAGUGGCUACUCAAGCUGCUAGCGUGGCCUCCAGACACGUCUACAAGAGCCUUUGGCCUCCUGUGGGAUCUCAGUGUGGAUGACCUCUUCCGUCAGUCUGGUGACACCCACAGCAUUGAAGGUCUCGGACCCCAGGACAGCGCCACUGAGCCCCUGCGGCCUGCCUCCCCGCUGUCCCCUGCCAGCCUAGCAGAGGACGAUGUUCGGCCCUGGUGCCCAUCACCGCAGGAGGUGACAGAGCUCUUGCACAGCCUGGGAGCCCAGAGCCCCGCCACAUACAGCAGGACCCCCGACUGGCAAGGUAGGGAGCAGCAGGAAGCGACCCAGGAGGUGGCCUUGGACUCGAGCCUGAGCAACAUCUACAAGUUCCUGACGCUGUGUGUCUACCUCCGGCCAGGCGUCUACACGGACGCCAGCCUCCUGGGCCUCAUGGAACUCCUGUGUCGCACUGGCCUGGACACGGGGCUCCGCCUGCUGCCCCAGACCAACCUCCAGCAGCUUCUGCUGCAGCUGCUGGAGUGCAUCCGAGAGUGGCCGGGCAAGCUGCCGCGCCUCUGCCGCGCCCUGAGCUGGGUGUCCGACCACCACCACAACCUGCAGGCGGUGGUGCAACUCUUCCCGGAUGUGACCCCGAGGGGCAGGCAGCUUCGAAGCCAGCUCAGCCUCGUGGUCAUUGCCCGGAUGUUGGGCCUGGAAGAGGCACUCCCUCUCUGGAAAGAGAAGCGCCAGCUGUCCUUGCUCAGCCGGCUCCUGGGUCUCAUGAAACCGUCAGCCCUCAGGCAGCUCCCGGACUUCCAGCCCUCGCCAGCCUGCCAGGAGCAGCAGCCCAAGGCCAGCGUGGAGCUAGACCACAAGGUCUGCUACCUGUGUCACAGCCUCCUGACCCUGGCCGGCGUGGUGGUCAGCAGUCAGGAUGUCACUGAGGAGCACUGGGAUGAGCUGCAGCUGCUGUGCGGGCAGCUGGACCGCCACAUCAGCACCCACGUCCGGGAGAGCCCCCAGGCCAUGCACCGCACCCGGCUCAAGGACCUGGCCACACAGACCUAUGUCCGCUGGCAGGAGCUCCUGUCCCGCUGCCAGCCCAAGGCUGCGUACUUCAGCCCCUGGAAGGACGUCUGAGGGGCGACGGCAGCCCCAGCUCCUGCCUUGAGCCAGAAGCAACCAGGCUCAGGAAGCUGCAGCAGGCAGCAAGAGAGGACAGGUGACGACCCCUAGAUGUGUCCAGCCGGAGGAGGAAGCAGGACCUCAAUGGGCCCCUGCCCCACCCCCACCCGUCUGGGCACUCUGGGCCCUGCUGCUCUGCUCCCCCAAGGCCUCUGUCUCCAUGGCUCUGGCCCCUGGGGCCUCAAGGUCCUCCCCACCCCUUUUCGCUCUCCCCAUCACCCAUGUGAGGCUCCUUUGUGCAAAUUAAAGUCUUACUUCAUUCA